GUGCCUGGCGAUCCUUUCCCGGGGCUUUACCGCAGGCAUCCAAGAAUAUGCCUUAACAGAGGGAGAUAAUUGCUAAAAGCUGGCGUCCUAAUUCAGAAUAAGGGAACCAGGCUUGUUCGUCCGAGAGGCAUUGACAUUCUGGAAAAUAAGAAUAAGAAGCUGCAGUGGCUCCGGAGAGUGGAACGGUGCAGGCGUGGCUUGGCCGCCUCAAGCCGACAACGAAGGACCGGCUUCGACACGACUGAGAGGUUCCUUGCACGGGGCCUAGCUCUGCCUUCCACCGAUUCCCGGGGCUCCCCGGCUCACUAUCUCGCGACUUGGUGCGUGUCUUUCCCCGGGAGUCGGGAACUGCGCCCUCAUGGCUGAGGUGAAAGUGAAGGUGCAACCGCCUGACGCGGAUCCGGUGGAAAUAGAAAACAGGAUUAUAGAAUUAUGUCACCAGUUCCCUCAUGGAAUUACAGACCAAGUAAUUCAGAAUGAAAUGCCUCAUAUAGAAGCCCAGCAGCGAGCAGUGGCCAUUAAUAGAUUAUUGUCCAUGGGUCAGUUGGAUCUCUUAAGGAGCAAUACAGGCCUUUUAUAUAGAAUAAAAGACUCUCAGAAUGCUGGUAAAAUGAAGGGAUCAGAUAACCAAGAAAAACUAGUAUAUCAAAUCAUAGAGGAUGCAGGAAAUAAAGGAAUAUGGAGCAGAGAUAUCCGAUACAAAAGUAACUUGCCAUUAACAGAAAUCAACAAAAUUCUGAAGAAUUUGGAAAGUAAAAAGCUUAUUAAAGCUGUUAAAUCAGUAGCAGCCUCAAAAAAGAAGGUGUAUAUGCUCUAUAACCUGCAGCCAGACCGAUCUGUGACUGGUGGAGCCUGGUAUAGUGACCAAGAUUUUGAAUCUGAAUUUGUAGAGGUGCUUAACCAACAGUGUUUUAAAUUCCUACAAACCAAGGCAGAAACAGCACGAGAAAGCAAACAGAAUCCAGUGAUACAAAGAAAUAGUUCAUUUGCUUCAUCACACGAAGUGUGGAAAUAUAUCUGUGAACUGGGGAUCAGUAAGGUGACAGUCAUGAACAUUCUGCAGAACCCACUGUGGGAGAAUACUGUUCUAUACCAUAGGCAAAGGCAGUCACUGCCAUCAGGCACUCUCUGAACAGUUCCUGAACUUGGGACACAGAGCAAGCAGCAUACUGCAGUCCUGGCAGUGCAUUUCACUCCCCAAAUUUAAAAGUCAGUUCUGACAAGUUCUUGACUUUAUCGGAGACAUUUCAGCAUAUGUGCAUAAUAUUAGUCAUGACAUCAGUUGUCAUUUAUUGGUAUUUUCUUACUUUGGAGAUGUAAAUGGUGUUAUCAGCACAUUCUUUUGAAGACCUGUACAUAAAGACACUGAUGCUUUUCACAGUGAAGAAGUCAAAGUGGCCACUUGGACAAGUCAUUUUCAUUUCCUGGGCCCCAGAUUUCUCAUUUAUAAAGAACUAGGAACUUGGACUAUCUGAUGUCUAAAGUACCUUCCUGCUGAAACAUUUUAUAAAUCUCCACCAUUAACUUCUAAGACUUCUAUGUUUUACUUAGGAGUUGAGGACAUUAGAAAGUAUCAAACUGAGCAUGAGAUUUCUGUCCCUAAUAUGUCAGUGGUUUAUGUUAACUUUGACUGUUGUUCAUUCCUCCCCAGCAUAAUGCUUCUCCCACUUCACCAUAGAAUUGUGACCCUUUACUGUUUAUAACACCCUCCAAAUGGAUGUCUCCUUGUCCUUUUUGUGUCCUUUUUAA